UUUUUUUCGAGGGUUAAGAGUCUUUUGUUGAUAAAAUUUGGCAGGAAAAAUGUUAACCUUUUUGAAAACAAGAAUGAAAUCAUCGAAGUGUUUUGGACAAUUAAGUUCGAGAUUCUUUGCAAGUAGAAAAAAUGAUCUUGCUCUGAAGAAAUCUUACCAAGUCCUUGGAGUUUCAGAAGACUGUGAAAAUGAAAAUUUAAGAUUGGCUUUUGUCCAUUUGGCGAAAAAAUUUCAUCCUGAUAGUGGAACUCCCGAAGCUGAUUCAAUUAGAUUUGCUGAGAUUGAGAAAGCUUACAGAGAUAUUCGGCGUUUCAGAAUUACUGAAGCUGAUAAUCAGAAGAAGAUUGAAGACUUGGACAUUACACACACUGCUCCUCAACAUCGUCAUUAUCUGACGUACAAUACAGGAAUGGGAACUCCAAGUGAAAGACAAAGAAGAAACGCAGUUGAAAGAGCACAAAAAGCUGCAGAACACGUGCUGGAGCAUAAAAUUCAAAAAUUACAAAUCACAGACGAAAAAUCGAUCAUCGAAAUUGACAAGAGUCGUGCCGAAGAUAUAAAAACCCGUUUCGGAAUGGAUCGUCUCGUAGAAGAUUUAAUCCAGGAAGCAAUGUCCAAAGGAGAAUUUAAUGACCUGUCAGGCACAGGAAAACCCUUAAAAGAUGAUGUUUCAAUGCAAAAUCCUCAUAUCGACUUCAUCACUUACAAAUUAAAUGAGGUCUUGAUAAAAAAUGGUUUUACUCCCGAGUGGAUUCGAUUGUCAAAGGAGAUAAAAGAAGAAAUAGAAGAUCUAGAAAAAAAUUUGACUGAAGCGAGGAACAAGUUAAGUGAGCCCCUAGACAUAAAAAGUGAACAACUUUGGAACCUUACUUUGGAAAAUUUAAAAGAGACCGAAAAAGAUAUUAACAAUAAAAUUGACAAAUAUAAUUUUCUCGUCCCGAUUCUGCAGAAACAACGGUUUAAGAUUAAUCUUCAGAAUAUUGCCGAAACAAUUUUAUCGAAGCCUUGUGAUCUGAAAAUCAAGGAAAAAAAGAACAGGGAAAAUUCAAAAGGUUCUAGUAAAUCUGAUUUUCACUUGUUUGAGACGUUGUUUUCUAUUUUCAGCAAAUGAACAAUAAGAUAGAAUAAAAUACAUUGCAAAUUUU